GGCAAGCCUAGCCCCCAAAACAGUGAUUGAAAAGGAACGUCAUCUGUCUCAUACAGUUAGCUUUAGCCAACAUUAGCAAAGGCGUUCAAAACGACUGUGUUGAUUUUUGAAACGACUGUCCGCGGGACGGUUAUUUAUUUGGUGCUUCCUGACUCAACAGUGCGAAACAUGUACACUAAAGCCUUACUCCGAUGCAGAGACAUGCUGAAAGGAGAACUGAUCGUGUGAAAUGUUGGCUAGCGUAAUCCAAGCUAGCUGACGAGCAGGGGCCGAGAAACGAAAGUGGCUAACAUUAACGAGAGCUAAGCCUAUCAUAACGACUCUGGCCACUUAAACAUAGCUGACAGUUAAACGACAAGAAGAAGGACGGACGGGGAUACUUCCUACCCUACAAAACAGGUAGCAGUGGGGGCAGAGCCAUGGGUGCGUUCCUGGACAAGCCCAAGACAGAGAAGCACAACUCACAUGGUGAGGGCAAUGGCCUGCACUAUGGCCUGAGCUCCAUGCAGGGCUGGCGGGUGGAGAUGGAGGAUGCUCAUACAGCUGUUUUGGGACUUCCUGCUCCUGGUAUGACUGACUGGUCAUUUUUUGCUGUGUACGAUGGUCAUGCUGGCUCAAGGGUUGCCAACUAUUGCUCUAAGCAUCUCCUGGAACACAUCAUCGGUGCUAGCUUAGUGGCCAAGGCUACACAAGGCUCCCAGGCUGGUUCAGACAGUUCCACCAGUGACCCUUCAGCACCAGUUCCUCAUACAGUGGAGGCUGUGAAAGCUGGAAUCCGGACAGGUUUCCUGAGGAUUGAUGAGCACAUGCGCAGCUUCUCUGAUCUUCGAAAUGGCAUGGACCGUAGUGGCUCCACAGCAGUGGGAAUCCUCCUUUCUCCCGAGCAUUUUUUCUUCAUUAACUGUGGUGAUUCUCGAGCUGUUCUUUACCGCAAUUCAAAAGUGUGUUUCUCUACACUUGACCACAAGCCUUGUAACCCACGUGAGAGAGAGCGCAUCCAAAAUGCUGGUGGCUCCGUGAUGAUUCAGAGGGUGAAUGGGUCACUGGCUGUAUCAAGAGCCUUGGGGGACUACGAUUACAAGUGUGUGGAUGGGAAGGGCCCCACGGAGCAGCUGGUUAGCCCUGAACCAGAAGUGUUUGAGGUGAUUCGGGCCCCGGAACAGGAUCAGUUUGUAAUCCUGGCGUGUGAUGGCAUCUGGGAUGUCAUGUCCAAUGAGGAGCUGUGCGACUAUGUGAAAUCCAGGCUUGAGGUGUCAGAUGACCUGGAAAGAGUCUGCAAUGAAGUGGUGGAUACCUGCCUGCAUAAGGGGAGUCGGGAUAACAUGAGUGUUGUGCUAGUGUCUUUGCCCAACGCUCCCAAAGUGUCAGAGGAAGCUGUGAGGAAAGACGCUGAGCUCAACAAAUAUCUGGAGUUGAAGGUUGAAGAGAUGCUUUCUCGAGCGGGAGAGGAGGGGUUUCCAGACUUGGUGACGGUGAUGAGGAACCUGUCCACCAACAGCGGCAUGCCUCCUCUACCACCAGGGGGAGGUCUUGCCAGCAAACGCAGUGUUAUUGAAGCAGUCUACAGCCGUCUGAACCCAUACAGGGAGGAAGAUGCGAAUGCAGCUGACUUGGAGUAUCAGUGGUAGCUGUCCAGCACAACUUUCUGAUCCAGCAAAACAGGACCACUUUUCCACACAAGAUCACAUUCAUAGUCACCUUUCCUCUGGGAUUUUUAUUAUUUUAAUUUUUUUCCUUCACACAGAGAUCAAUCAAAGCAGAAAUCCUGGUUUUAGAAACACAACACACCCAACUGAGAGGACUGCAAAAGAGAUUUUUUUUUAUAUAUAUAUAGAACAAAAUGGUAACAAACAAGAACAACUGCAUCAAUUGUGAAAAAGACAAAAGGCAUAUACAGUGUAUACAUCAUAGGAGGGGCAAACAAGCACAGAAUCUUUUGCCCCUCGUCUUCUUGCUUUCCUUGAAGUUGUUCUUUUGAUUGUGGAUCGAUGGAGACACAGGAGAAGUCCUGCUCUGAACACUUUGGGGCGUUGGUGCCUUGCUCAGAACUGAAAGAGAUGGAGGACCUUACAACAACCAGCCACAGCCAAAAUGCCACUUGUGAAUGUCUUUCAGAUUAGACUUUAGAGGUUUGUUGGCUGCAUUUUUUUGGCAUUAUUUAUUUUGAAGUGUGAACUUUUCUUGCAGCUGACUGGUAGCUGAUCGACAACACAAGCCUGUGAUUCCCACACAUACAGGCAUUGCUAGGAAUCAACCAAGGCCCAACACUUCCCCUGCACCCAGCUCGUCAGAGAACACCUCACCAAACUCAGAGGUUUAAAACUCCCAAAGACCUCUGAGUUAAGGCCUCAAAUUCAGCACCAGAGAUCUCCAUCACUGAGGCUACACCUGAACACAGGGGAAACGCUCCUGAGAGAACCAAGUCUGUGCGGCAACAAAUGUCAGUUUCGUCCAAACUAAAACAGGACAUGGGCUGGUGUGCCUGGCUGAAAAGGAAUUACAUGGAAUUAUACUGACUUCUUGCACAUCCCUGCUCACUUUCUCUCCUUUUGUCUCGUCAAGGAUGCUAUUCAACAGUUGUUUUUUCACUCCCUCCAUCUCUCAACUACUGUUUCUUCAUAUGACAGACGAGACUCAACGAACAUGGCCAGAAUCCAAAGCCUGUGAGCCUGCUGUUUUUUAAGAGAUAGAAACUUUGGGCGUUGACAUUGGCAAAAGGACCCGGCCUCAUGCACGGGGCACCAUUUGUUGUGAUUACAGUUGAUCAGCUAUGGCUAUCAAAAUUCUUUAAAAAAAUAAUUUAAAAAAUACAAAAACAAUAUAAUAUUAAAUAAUAUCUUUAAUUAAUAUUAAAGUCACCUCACGGCACCACGUCCCAUCAAAGGAAGGGAAAUGAUAGCCAAUUUACAAUUCAGUCUCAUUUAUAAUACACUAUCUGUUAAUUUGGAAUUAUGAUUCAUAAUUAAAUUAAUAAUUUCAACCAAAAUCACCAUAUUGGUGGUUAGCAUAGGUUGAAGGAUUUGGAGUUCUCCCGGUCAUAGGUUGGCAAUACUCACUCUUAUGCAACAUUAAAUAGACCAGACUGUAUAUUUAGAAACACUUAUUUUUACAUUACAUUCAUUUAGCUCACGCUUUUGUCCAAAGAGAACAAGUAGAAACAAGAAUAUCUAAUCUAACAAAUAUAAAUAUAUACAGGUCUGCGUAUGUGUGUCUGUCUGUUUGAGUGCACAGAGUAGAUGCCAGUUUCUAAUGGUGAGGUCAAUGGUCUGAGAAGGCCUAGAAAUAAGAUGGCGGUAAACAAAUAAAGGCAGAAUCCAAGGUGUCUACUCGACCACAUGCCGUGCUUCUCUGAUAAGGCCAUUUGGUGUAGGACAAACAUGCCAGGUUAAAAGAGGGUUAGUUACAAGAUACGAACAACAAAUUCACAUCGGAACAAAUAUAAUAACAUCAUGUUUACACAUUGAAUCCAAUCAAUACAGUUCUACCAAAGUUAAACAUUCCUAUCGUGUUAUGCUAUGUUGUGACCAGGUUACGUUACCAAGUCCAUGGAAAAAGAAGAAGGUCCUUUCAUUUGCUGUUUGUGUGUCCAGAAAUGUUGUGGGGUUUCAGUGUCCUUCUUCUCCUUACAGAGUGUGGUCGACCUCAACUGCUUGGUGGCUCCUGUUGCUUAGAUCAGCUGGCAAGACUUAAGAUGUAAAACCAGACUUAACUGCCUUGGUUGGUCCUUAGGCAGGCCCCUUGUGUCACUACCUUUGGAAGUGGUAGCAAUCUGCAUUAGUCAGGCCUGCAUGGAGGUCAGGAUCCUCAGAGAGCAGAUGGGCCUUCCCCAAUGGGGGAGAAGCAGAGAUGUUUACUCUCCGAAGAGAGCAGGAGAAAGAUCUUUACUCCCCAAAGGGAGAAGAGAGAGAACAGGGGGAGCGCUGGGGUUUUAUAGGCCUCGUGGGACACGUAUGACCAAUAGUAGCUGGAGUUUGGAGAAGAUUUCAUACCCAAGGUGUGAUAAGGUGAAAAACCAUGGGAGUCUGAGUUUCUUAGUGUUUUCCUUUGUCUUUGGAACAAAUAGUCACAUGGUCAAAUCAUUUUCAUGAGGCACAACAUCUAUAGUUUUUAUUAAAUUUUUUGUUUCAUUUUAUUUUCUAGCCAUUGUUUUCUUUGUGGCAUAAUGUAUGUGACCCAAGUGUAAAUAUGUGUGUCUCUCUGUGUGUGUCCAAGUCCAAGAUGUGCGCACAGUUCCCACAGAGCAAUGUUCCAAAGACAUGGUUGGAGAUAAACUGAUUCCAGCCUCACCUUUUUCUUUCUCCUCUCAACACACUGUAUCUACAAACAAUCUUGCCUGUGCUACAACUUGUCUUCUCUGUCUUUCUCCUCUGUUUAAAAAAAAAAAAAUCCUAUUUUGUUUUGAUUGAAAACCGCACAUAACAAAUGUUUUCAGAGUACUGUGGCUGUCGUCCUAUUACACAUGGAUAAGGAAACGCCAAGGACGUUGGAAAGAAAUCUAUGUUGUAGGCUAGAAUGUGGGAGAGAAGUAGGUUUUUGGUGUUUCACUCUGGAAAGUAAAGGAGGAAGACGAGGACAGAAGAGAAUAGGCCCUACACCCAGAGCUGUGUUCACACUGUCAAUGAAAUUCCUCUCCUGAAUUUUUCCAGUUACCUUCAUAGACUUUGCCUCAAAGGCACAUGGUGGUUGCUGGGAAAGCCCUGGUUUGACUCUUUGGAUUUACCAGCAAUCUGUUUCAUUUCUGUCAAUCAUUGAAACCUCAGAAAAAAUAUUUGUCAGAAAUGAACUCUUCAGUAUUUUGAAACAAAUGUGUUGCAUAGGCAUACUUUAGGGUGUGUAAUUUUAUUUAUGUAGAUGAAUUAAAAAAUGGGCUAUAAAUAUAUACACAACUGUAAUAUACACUCUUUUCAAUCAUUCAAUGGCAAAUUAUUAUGCUUUUUGAAGUGGCAGUAUUGAAAGAGAUUAGGCCUACAAGGUGUUUGCUUGCUGGUUAUUGUUCUUGUGGUACACUUACCCUUGGUGCCAUAUGACAAAUAGGUACUUGAAUGUGUAUUUCUUUUGCAGUUGCGCUGUUUUGAUAGGAUGAUUGUUUUGUUUUUUUCUUUGUGGUGGAGGGAGUGGGAGGGGUGCGAUCUCUUUAGUUGUGCAUGUUUUGUGAUUGAGGGAAGAGUGUAUUUUGUGUGUUAGUGGGAGAUGUAGUGGGCUGGUGGAUGUUCAGUGUGGUGGAACACAAUGUAGAGAGGAAGGUUGUAGCAAAAUCACGAGAAAAAAGUAGACUGAAAUCCAGCCACUCAGUUAUUUUUCUCAAGCCCCAAAAUAGUUAAAUAUUUACUGCAUCUGAAUGAAAUUAUCUUCAACUCUUUUAUUUCACAAGGUCAUCAUAUGCAGUGACUUUAAUGUUAUAUAAGGUUUUACCACACUGAACAAAACCCUAAGUUUAGGUUUAUGUUUAAUUUAUAUCUGACACUGGGCAAGGAGAGGAGUGAAGGGGGGAGAGACAUUUAUUUUUUGGAAUGUAACUUUUCAUUAUUCACACUGAUUCAACUGCAUGGACUAAACACAAGCAACAAGCAGCAUCACAUCACAUUUUCUCCUCAUCGGUCGUCUAUUUUCAGGACAAGGUCUCUUGGGAAAAGAAAAUUACUAGAUAUAUUCAACAUGGGAGGACUUUUUAGAGGAGACUUUGGAGGUUUAGCGAUACCUCAAUGAUUUGACCCUGACUUGUUGCUUUUGAUUUAAGGACAUGUUUUUUAUGAUACAAAACAUAUUGUCUCCUGAACCUGUCAAUUAUUCUGGACUGGCUGGGUCGAUGUGAUUGUGAAAACGACAGAAGAGGGGCCACCUCCUUCUAUGGUCUCUGGUCACUCGUUAUACACACUGUCAAAAAUUAUUGAAAUGUAUUAUUGUAAUGAUGAAUUCCUCACUGGUUUUAUUUAUUCCAAUCCUUUUUAGCUCCUAUGAAUAUGUUCUUUUGAAGACAGAAUGAUGUAAUGAUUGGCUGGUUAGUGAUUUAGAGUAAUUAUGACCCACUCACCUUCAUUUUUGACCUUUGAUAAUACUAAAAGACCAUUCACCAUCUCUUCUUCUUGUAUUAAUUUGCCAGUAUGCUAUUGUGAUGUUACAGACCAUACAAUAAACAUAAACGUGAAAAUAAAAUGGAAUUAAGUUUAAA